CUAAUACUGGGCUCUAUGCAGUUGAUUGACGUCACCAUCACUAGUUUUAACAAGAGAAUCUUCUAUUGUUUUCCAUCUUAAACCAUGUGUCUGCUCUCUGCUCAUUCUUUCAACGCACCUUGAUAAUGACAGAAUGAUUGCGUCUCUAACAACCUUGUACAAAACUACAUGUACACAUUAAAAAAUAUAUUACGUGCAACUGGUCUUCCUGUUUGAUAUAUAUAUAUAUAUCCCAUAUUCGCGUAAUUUCAUUUCAGUCGUUUUUAUUCCACUUCUCCUCCAAUUUAAGAAUCGAAAGUAUAUUUAUUAUGCCAGCAUUGUGAAAUUUAUCAACAAAGCCGGUUUUCAAUUUAGUUGGGUUUAUGCUAGAUUGCCAUCUAGCAAAUCUUCACCAACAGCCAUCACUUAAUAAUACCCACGUGUCAGUCUAAAAAAUCUUAUUGUGAACGAUAAAUUAAUGGAAGAUCCUCACAAACCAUCACCAUCACCCGUGGUGCAUGUCCGUGGUCUGUCUGAGACUGUGGUAGAGCAAGAUUUGGUUGAUACCUUGCAAAACUUCGGGUGCAUUAGUUAUGUUAUCAUGAUGCCAAAGAAAAGACAAGCUCUGGUUGAAUUUGAGGAUAUAGCCGGAGCGACUGAGUGUGUGAACUAUGUUCAGUCCAAUCAACUUUAUGUUAGUGGUCACCCUGCUUUCUUUAAUUUCUCUACCAGUCAGAAGAUCCAGAGACCAGGUGGCCCAGAAGAUAUGCGGACUGCAAACCAUAUUUUGCUCUUUACCAUUUUAAAUCCACAAUAUCCGAUCACUGUGGAAGUGAUGCAUACAAUCAGUUCUCCAUAUGGGCAAGUACAAAGAAUUGUUAUCUUCAAAAAGAAUGGUGUCCAAGCAAUGGUUGAAUUUGAAACUGUUGAUCAAGCAAAACGUGCAAAGCAGGCUCUGAAUGGUGCAGACAUUUACUCUGGUUGCUGUACACUCAAGAUUGAAUAUGCAAAGCCUACAAAAUUGAAUGUUGUCAGAAAUGACAAUGAAAGUUGGGACUACAGCAAUCCUUCUCUCGGUAAGAGUCCUGUGGUUGCUAAAAAUCAGCCUUUGCUGCAAGAUCCGCGCUAUGCACCAGGGCCCACUCCCUAUGGUGAGUGUCCUCAAUCACCAGAAGUUGGACUCUUGGGGAAUCAUCCAGAUGUGCGAAGAGGUGGUGGUGGUGGUCCUGGAAUGGGUCCUCCACCUGGUGGCCAUGGCGGUGGCUAUGGUGGGCCAGGUCCCAUGUAUGACGGUGAUAAUUAUGACAACUAUUGUGGUGGCGGAGGAGGGGGCAGAGGUGGUUAUGGCAUGCAAACUGAGCGUUAUGGACCAGGCAGCACUGGAAUUCUUGAUCGCUAUGGUGCUCCCCCAAUGCCACCUUAUGAAGAUCCUAACUCACGUAUGAUGGGGCAACACCCAAGUGGUGGUGGAGGUGGUGGUCCUCAACAAGGAGCAGUACUUAUGGCUUAUGGCCUUAAUAUGGAUAAAAUUAACUGUGAUUCAAUUUUCAAUUUGUUCUGCCUUUAUGGUAAUGUUGUACGGAUUAAGUUCUUAAAGAGCAAAGAAGGGUCAGCAAUGGUCCAGAUGGGGGAUAAUCAAGCAGUGGACAGAGUCAUUCAGAAUCUCAAUAACUGCUACUUUGUUGGUAAAAAGAUACAACUGGGAUAUUCUAAGCAGGCUUUUCUGCAAGAUGUUCCUAAUCCACAUACUCUUCCAGAUGGAUCUCCAUCAUUCAAAGAUUUCAUGGGUAGCCGAAACAACCGUUUCACUAACCCAGAAGCUGCAAGCAAGAAUCGUAUUCAAGGGCCUGCUAAAGUACUACACUAUUUCAAUGCUCCACCCAAUAUAACAGAGGAUGAAAUCUGUCAGGUGUUUACAGAUGCUGGAGCAAAGAGUCCUGUAAGGAUUAAACAGUUUCCUUCCCGUACGGAAAGAAGUUCUACUGGGCUGGUUGAGUUUGAAACUAAAGCCGAUGCUAUUGAAGGCCUUGUGGCUUGUAACCAUCAAAGUAUUCCCAAUCCUAAUGGCAAGAAUCCAUUUGUCUUCAAGCUGUGCUUUUCUCAGACCCCUAUAAUGGGUUAAGCUGGGUCUCUAAAUUUAGGAGAUUGCAACCAUGGUUGAUAUAAGCUGUAUACUUAACCCAUAUAUGUCUAUUUGUCUUUAUUGAUGAUAAAAUGUCUAGAAUCAUAUGAAUUAAAUGGAAGCAAGAGAACUCCUCACUCAGGCAUUUUACUUCACCUCCUCAUGUUCUCCAAAGCUAUGUAGCUACCAUUAUUCAUGUCUUAGUUCUUCUCAUCAUUCACAUCAUAAUUAAAAAAAAAAUUUAAAAAAAAGAUUGACUCCAAUUUUUAUUUCCUCCUUUUUAUUGAGAAUACUUUAAAUUCCUCAUUUUUACAUGUUUCAUUACUGGGAAGUUUGACUUUGGGCUUGCUUUUGAGGUUGACAAUGAACGUGGUAGCCCAUUCUAAUGUACUUUUCUUUUUCUUUUUUUUUAAGAAUGUAUCAAAUAUUGCUCUAGGUCCUGUCUCUGUUCCUGUCACUCAUGAAUUUAUCAUUUUAGUUACAAUGUGUGUGUAAUUUGUGCAUGCACUGCUUCCUAUUUAUUGAUGGCCAGCAAAAUUUUACCAUUCUAAUGCUUAGUUUUUAACAUCAUCUAAACUUAGGUUAACAUUCAGUUAUGCACUGACUUCAUUUAGUUCUUUGCCUGCCAGUAUUAAAAUAAUACCCUUAGAACUGACUGCUGGGCAAUUCUUUGAAUAAACAAAUUAUAAUUUU